AUGGCGCAAACCACGACGUUCGCGGAUCUGUGUCCCAUAACGCGCACAUCCUCCCACACAUACGACGUGAACCUCCUAGAAGAAUGGAUCAUAGGCACUGUGCCCAACGGCGGCUACACCACCUCCAACUUCCUGAUCUGCGCCCGCACACACAUGAGCACCACCCACACAAAGCUGAAUCAACCACACCCAAUCAACCUGCACCUCGAGUUCCUCCGACGCACCUCUGUCGGCCCCGCGACCUUCAUCGUCCGCGACGUCAAGCUCGGAAGCCGCAUUACGAACCUCCACCUCACACUCACACAGAACAAUGACCCCAAGACAUCAAUAGUGGAAGGGUACAUCAUGAUGAGCAACAUCCCCAAGGAGGAGGGCCUCUCAUUACCAACAUCCUACGCCCUGCACCCACCGCCCCUCCCCGCCUCUAUCCCAACCCUCGAGGCCCACGGCGAAGACCAGAACUACCGUCGGCGCGGGCCCGAGCCAUUCCCCAGCUUCCGCCGCGCGGUACUCAACGUCGCGCUAUACCUCGUCAAACCCUCGCAGCGCCCCAAGUCGUGGCCGAAAUCAAUUAACGACCAGUGGAUCCGCCUCGCACCGCUGCCUAAGACAUCGAAGCCGACCGACGAGCAGCGUCUGUCUGCUCUCGGCACGGGAAGGUGGACCAACGACUCCAUCGGCUUCUUGGUGGAUAUGUUCCCACAGAUCAUAGAGCACUACAUCAACCCUGUCGCCGAACGUGCUGCGAUUGAGGUUAAUGACGUGGCGGAGAUGCGGAAGAUCAUUGAGGAUAUCAACAAAACCAACGGCGGCGGAGAACCGGCUUCCAGGGCGAGAUACUGGUACCCAACGCUGACGUUGACGUUGAAUGUGAAGAAGUUGCUGCCGCCGGAAGGAGUAGACUGGCUUUUUGUGAGGGUGCAGAGUAAAGUGAUCAAGCAAGGGAGGUUUGACUUGGACGUGAGUGUGUGGGAUGAGGCCGGGGAGAUGGUUGCGAAUAGCUUGCAUGCGAGCUUGGCGCUUGAUUCGUCGAGGAAUAUUGCGAGAAGUAAGAAGAAGGAGGGGAAGUUAUGA